AUGGCCAAGACUUUCCAAUUCCAGGACAUCCAAGUUAACUCGCCAGGCUUCGGCGCCAUGGGCCUGAGUUUCGGCCUGGGAAGCAAUCUGAGCUUGGAAGAAGCUGAACCCGUUCUACUUAAGGCAAUUGAGCUCGGGUGCACAUUCUGGGAUACAGCAGUUGUUUACCAGGCUGGUGUUAACGAGAAGCUUCUUGGCGACUUCAUCAGAAAGCACAACGUGCGGGACAAGGUGUUCAGUCAGUGCUUUCGAAGUAUUCUCACUUCAUUGACUACAACUGACUUUCCUCUUCCAGUCGCUUCCAAGUGUGGAUUUGACGUUUUUGGCUCCGGCGGUAUCACCAACUCUGCUUCUCACAUCAAGCAGUACAUCGAGGGCACUAUCGAGAGACUUGGUUUCACUCCUGACCUCUACUACCUUCAUCGCAUUGAUCCCAACACGCCCCUCGAGGAGUCCAUCACAGCGCUCGAUGAGAUCCGCAAGGCGGGCAAGACGAAGUACAUCGGUCUUUCUGAGUGCUCAGCGGCCACCCUUCGCAAGGCCAACUCAAUUGCCAAGAUCGAUGCGCUUCAAGCCGAGUACUCAGCUUUCGAGACCAUCCACGAGACUGACGGUUUGAUUGAAGCUGCAAAGGAGCUCGGAGUUGCAUACGUGGCUUACAGCCCCCUGGGUCACGGAUGGCUCGUUGAUGACUUCCAGUACAAGAGCCCAGACGACUUUGCACCCAACGAUUUCCGUCGUGGAAGUCCCAAGUUCCAAGGCGAGAACUUCUACAAGAACAAGGCUAUUGUUGAUGAGAUCAAGAAGCUUGCUGUGCGCAAGGGAGUCACGCUGCCUCAGAUUGCCCUUGCCUGGGUUGCCGCUCAGGGAAUGAUUCCUAUUCCUGGCACAACAAAGGCCAAGAGAUUAGAAGAGAACUGGGUAUCAAGAGACGUUGUUUUCUCCGACGAGGAGAGGGUGGAGAUGCGGAAGAUUAUCGAUGCGGCGAAGCCGCAUGGAAACAGAUACAACCCAACCCAGCAGGCUAUGGUUGGCCACUAA